AUGAAAUACUUAUUUUUAUUAAAAGAUAAAGAUGAUGAUAAGAUAUAUAGGAGGCUUGAUUCUUGUUUAGUUAUUCCUCCACCAAAAGGAGAGAAGCCUAAAGCAAUCAUUAAAUUUCUUGGUGGUGCUUUUAUUGGAGCAGUUCCUGAAGUUACUUAUAGCUAUCUUUUAGGGCUAUUGGCAAAUGAAGGGUAUCUUAUUAUAUCUGUGCCAUAUAAUGUGACUUUUGAUCACUCAAAAGCUGCUACAGAAGUUUAUGACAAGUUUCAUUUGUGUUUGGAUUCGAUUUUAACAUCUGGAUUGCCUAAUGAUGACGUGUCAUCAGCUCAACUUGUUGAUCUUCCUCUUUAUUCUGUUGGUCAUAGCAAUGUAGCCCUACUCCAAGUACUCUCUGGAAGCUAUUUCUCUGAGAGGAUACCAAAGGCUAAUGCCAUAAUAUCAUACAACAACAGGCCAGCAACAGAGGCAGUACCUUACUUCGAGCAGUUGGGCCCUCUGGUAAGCCAAUUGAUGCCUGUUGUGGAAGCAUCCCCUGUAUCUUCCAUGGCUAAGGGCGCUACAGGUAAUUUUUUUAUAUUUGUUUAUACUAUUUUGGUAAUCAUAUUUGGUUAUAACUUAUAAAUAAUUAUAAAUCUUUGUUUCUAAUUUUGUUUCUAACUUUUAAGAGGUGUGAUAAGGGGGCCUGGUAGAGGGGUGGUGAAAUCAGAUACUACAUAUGUGGGGUCAGGGUCAGGGUCAAAUAAUGUUGCAUCAAUAACUACAAGUAUGGAAGUGAAUAAUUCAUGUGCAGUGCCAUUUAGGACAGAUGCAUCUGCUUUGGGGUCUUACACACCACCAGCAGCUACAGUAAGUGGUAGAAGAAGGUUUUCAGAGGCACCUGUACAUGGACAUGGACAUGUACAGUCAGAAAUGUCUGGUAAAGAACAACAGCAGCAGGCUCAUAGUGGUUAUAGGGAUCGAGCUGUUGAAAGGAGGAGUUUAUAUGGUUCGUCAUCUUUUGCGGAUGAUGUUGGCGUUGGGGAUCCAAGUAAGCAUUUGUGAAUAUAAAUAAUUGUUUCAGUAGUAGUAGUCUUCUUGUUAUAUUCAUCUUAUUAAUUAAUUAAUUAAUGCUUUAAAUAUGA